CGGUUCCUUUGUUUUCCUCGCGACGCGGAAGAGAGCGUAUUCCUAUGCGCAAGUAGGUGGAGAAAAUAAAAAGUUAACGAUAUUGACUAUAAGCGACAGUGUGAAUGUGUAUGUGGCACCAGUUGGCAUUCCAAAAGACCGUCGUUUGAUCUGCUUUUCAUAGCUGUCCCCAUAGAGGGUUGUUACUGAGGGAGGUCUCCUCCUAGUCGGUGACGGUUACAGUAGGCGACACGGAGCCUGUACAUUGUCCUGGCCAGGUUUUCCCCCCAAGAUUCAAUAAGGUUAGAUUUCAAGUCUUUGACUAGUGGUGUGGAGGCCAAGAUGUCAUCGAAGAUGCCAAGCUCUAACAACAUAGCCCAAGCCAGGAGGACAGUACAACAGCUGAGGAUAGAGGCCAGUAUUGAGAGGAUAAAGGUAUCCAAGGCCUCGGCGGACCUCAUGCACUACUGUGGUGAACACGCCAAGUACGACCCUCUGCUCAUGGGCAUCCCUGCCUCAGAGAACCCCUUCAAGGACAAAAAGCCCUGCACUAUAUUGUAGUGAAGGCUUUUUUAUUUAUCUGUUUGCUUCUUAAUGUUGCCUGUAUUUUAUUAUCUGGGGAGAAUUGUGAUCUAAAACCACUACUCAUCCAUCAAUCUUGCCUUAAAGCCUGUAACGUUACCCUUUAAUGAAAAUGCUGUAUUUUAUCACUCAAUUUGAACUUGCCAUAGUUAUAUACAUAACUUACAGUAAACAGUUAGAAUAUACACUACCCAAACUUUUGAACGGUAGUGUACGUUGGGACAUUGACUGUUAGUGUCUGUCUGAUUUAGCUCAGUGGAUUUAGCCGUGGUUUCCAUCCAUCCCUUUAACAAGUCUGUUAUCUGUCUUCAAUCGUAUCUGCUGUCAUGUGUGUUACAAUGACCGUAUAUAAUGUAUUUCAGGCUUUGGAGUCAUGGUUGGGACAUUUGACUGUAUUAUCUUCUCCCCAUUGACUCAUGCUGUUUAUUAAUAACUUCCUAGUUUAGCAGGGAGUCACCUGGGUUGUCAGUGACCAAUGGAGGAAGUAGACAUCAUCAGAGCCUUCUAUUAAUGUAAAGAGCAGAAGUGCUUGGUUAGUGCAGAGCAUAUGUCAGCUCAAUGCCAAUUGUCGGAUAGGAAACUGCAAUGUAAUGCUGAGGCAGGUCAUUCAUCCAGACAACCUUAGUAUACAGCACUCCUCCCAGCCAUUUAAACCAGGUGUUACAUAACCUAACACUGUGAGCCAAGUCGCCUUACGUAUUAUUUAUGAUAGAGAUCAUAUAAUUAAUGUAUAGUUUGGUUUUUUAAAGAGGAGUUUCAGGUACAAGUAUUCCGUUGGGAGAGACCAUAGAAGAUGCAUCAGCUGGGCAUGUGGGUUGUAAUUAACAAUGUAAUACAUGAUUUUCACUCCAACCAUGUGUACUAUAUCAUGUAUUCAAGGCUGACCCCAAAGUCCAGAGAUAAGUGUCCUGUUGAACAGUAAAGAAUAGAAUGUGCUGUAUGCCCUGUCGUUCAGCUUUUGGGAACAUGUCCCCCGUGACAAAUCUCUAGAUGAAACGAACCAGCUGUAUCUGUGUGGUUAGCACCUACGGGCUGGAAAGUACAAUUCUUUUUGGGAACAAUGAAUCUUUCUGUGCUGAAUUGCAGUGAUUUCUAACUGUAUCGUGACAUCGUUAUGUCUACGCAUUGUCACGAGUAAAAGACAAGCCAAAACAGGUCUGAUUGUACUUACCUGGUGCUACUGUUUGUAUUUUUGGUGUUAGCCUCCCUCCUCUAAAAGGUACUUCAAUAGACAUAAAGGUCUUGAGAUCAGAGACAAGGAAACCCAGUAAUCCAUUACGAAUUCUUCAGCGAUGACAAUUGUAUCUCGACUAAGUUUCUUUCUAACAAUGGGUUUUAUUGCCAUAAACUUAGUACGCUAAAUCAGGCUACCGUUAAUUUGUGUGCCAUCACCAGAUAAUUCUGAUUCAACCAGCAUACCAGAAAUGGCCUUAAUGUACCUUUUGGGAGACUCUUAUGUGACUCUUGUGAAUCUGCUGGAUUAAAGACAUCUGUAUGUGGCUUUGUUCUCUCUCUGCCGUAGUACAGUCGUUCCUACUGUUAUUAAACAUGGUUUUAUUAUUGCA